GUGGCCGACGCCAUCAUCGUCGUCGGCCACCACCUUCUAUCGUCUGGAAUGCCAUGAACGAUGAACUCGACCAUCACGAGCCCCCUACCGCAGCUGCCUUAAUACCUUUAGACCCAGAUUGGCGUCCAAUAUUCCACAAUUCCGAUAAUCAAGUCGUCUUGUACAAUCCAACCUCUCACGCUCUUUCUAUUCGGCAAUCUGGUCAGUUUUCCAGAAAACCUCGACCUCCAUGUCCCUAUUGCAAACAGACGUUACCUUUGGGAUUUGAACCGGAUUCGUUAUUCGACGGUCACGAUGAAUCCUUGGAUGCCGAGCCAGUUUUGUACUCAAGAACAUCAAACUAUUUCAGGUUGUUGGCUGUGGCGAACGAGACGACGACAGGAACGUCAAGGCCACCUUUGGAAUCCUCUUUUCAAGAGACGAGCUCGUUCCCGCCUGGAAUGCUGGCAGAAGGUUAUUUCAAGGCUUUCUUUCAGGAGGAAUGUAGGUUAGGCAUGGGUGCCAAUGGGAGUGUGUAUCUCUGUCAGCAUAUGUUGGACGGAAACCCUCUUGGUCACUUCGCUGUAAAGAAAAUUGCGGUCGGAAAUUCGCAUUCAUAUCUUCUCAAUAUCCUUCGUGAAGUUCGACUUCUGGAGAGGCUCCAUCAUCCGAAUAUCAUCACUUACCACCAUGCUUGGCUAGAAUCUUGUCAGUUCUCUGCAUUUGGACCCAAAGUGCCAACUUUACACAUAUUGAUGCAAUGGGCCGAAGGUGGAAGUCUGGACGACUUUAUUGACGGUCGACAAGGUCAAGCCAGUCCUAUCACCAUUCACCACCGUAAUAAUCAUGCUCAGAAUCCCUUCGAACCCUCCCCUACACCCUCUCCUUCCACUGAUAACCCGCCAAUGCACCCUUCUCCACCAACCUCCGAUCGAAGCUCAACUUCCAGGGCUGCUAGGAUACGGGCUUUCCGAGAGUUUCAAAUGGCCUCCCCAGAAGAGAAAACCCGUUUGCGUAGGAUGGGCUUGGGUGGAGGUGGAGAUGGAAACAGAUAUAACAAUAAAAGCGAGGGUUGGAACGCGAUACAUCUUUUGAGCGCUGACGAGGUGAAAAGCUUGUUUUGUGAUGUAGUCGACGGUCUAGCUUUUCUGCACAAUAAAUCGAUUCUCCAUCUAGACCUCAAACCCGGAAAUGUACUACUGACAUGGGACGAUGGAAGAUUGGUUCCACGAGCGAUGUUAUCCGAUUUUGGGACUUCCCGGGACAUGGUCUCAACCGGAGGCGUAAGAUCGGGAAAUACGGGAACACUGGAAUACACGGCGCCAGAAUCGUUACCUUCCCCUCAAACAGGCCUCCUACAGCAAAUCGACUCCAAGGCUGACAUGUGGUCGUUGGGGAUGGUGCUCCAUAAGAUGUUGUUCUUCCGACUACCGUAUCGAUAUGCUAGUCGAGGGAACGAAAGGGAGGUCACAGCGGGAUUAGAAGAAAGAGAGAAGAUGGAUAGAUUAGAGAAGGAAGUGUUGAACUAUCCAGGGUUCAAGUUCGACCAAUCGAUGAUGGCUGCGCUAGAGGCGAGGCAGAUGCCUCGGGCUGUCUUGUUACUGCUGGAGAAUCUUCUAAAUCCGAUACCAUCGCAGCGGCCGACAGUUGAGAGAGUUUCCAAUGUCAUAAAGACGGGGAAGUUUAACCCACUUAGCCCUGAUACCACGACCUCUCGACCGCGCCGACAGAGUCUAUCCCGGGACAAUCGCCAGGAAAACCAUCGACUUCCUGUCGUUCACCGUCCGCCCUCUCAAUCCCGGCUACCUCCGAGUCCUGUAUCUUUCUUGAGGAGAAGGGAUUCUGCUGACGGGUCGACCACGUCAGAAUCUGAGGAAUAUCACGACGCUGCUCCAGGGCAUAUAAAUCCUGAAAAGGUGCCCUUAUUGGGUUUACCUGCACCGACAACCAUCGAUAGGGAGACGAAAAGAAUGGAGUUCUGGCACAAUCGACCUUUCUGUCUAACCCCCAGAUGGAGGACGAUUGGAAUGAAAGCCUUCAAAUCCUGUCUGCUGGUUGUCAAGGUUGUUAAUCUACCUACGUACCUUGGGCUACGAAUUACCCUGGUGGGGUUGGCCAUUCUGGACAUGCUGUUAGACUUUGAAGGAAUUAACGCAUUGUGUGGUUCGGUUGUGCUGGGGCUGAUACACUUGGCAGUUUUGAAGAGUUGUUGAUUAUCCGUGUUGAUGAUGUCUGUGUUUUAAAGUCGGAAGCGUGAGUGGUACGCCGAUCCCUCACGUUUUUCCAAUGCCAAUGACAGUGGUCGUGACUCUUAUACCUCUAUAUCGUAUAUGAAAUUGCCAGUGUCAUGGAUACCACCGUUGUAUUCUAAAAUAUGGACUUCGUAGCCCCUGAUGGCCAGGAUCUCGUUGAUGCGGGAAAGGUACUUAUAACGUAUCUUAUUUCUCCGAACGACC